UCACGCCACGCCUGUCAAAAGGAAUGGCAGAGCAGGAGAGCUUGGAGUUUGGCAAAGCCGACUUUGUCUUAUUGGAUAACCUCACCAUAGAGGAGUUCUUAGCCAAUUUGAAAGUGAGGUUUUAUAAGAAUAGAAUCUACACCUACAUCGGAGAGGUGGUUGUCUCAGUAAAUCCAUACCAGCAUAUUGAUUUAUAUGGAAGAGACAUGAUCGAACACUACAAAGGAAGGGAGCUGUAUGAAAGACCACCACAUUUGUAUGCCAUUGCAGACUCAGCUUACAAAGCCAUGAAAAGGAGAGCUAAGGACACAUGCAUUGUAAUAUCAGGUGAGAGUGGCGCUGGCAAGACAGAAGCGAGUAAAUAUAUAAUGCAGUAUAUUGCAGCCAUCACCAACCCCAGCCAGAGGAUGGAAGUUGAGAGUGUAAAAAACGUUUUGCUGAAGUCAAACUGUGUCCUGGAGGCUUUCGGGAAUGCAAAGACGAAUCGGAAUGACAAUUCUAGCCGAUUUGGGAAAUACAUGGACAUCAACUUUGACUUUAAAGGGGAUCCCACUGGUGGACACAUCAAUAACUAUUUGCUUGAGAAAUCACGUGUGAUUAUUCAACAAAGAGGAGAAAGGAAUUUCCAUUCCUUUUAUCAGCUGAUCCUGGGUGGCUCUGAUGAUCUGUUGAAGUCCUUGUACUUGCAGAGAGAAGCUGAAGAAUAUGCAUUUAUUCGAGAUGGAGCUACUGUCAAUUCUCUGAUCAAUGACAAGGAGAAUUUUAAGGCUGUAAUGAAAGCUAUGGAAAUCAUCGGGUUCAGUGACAAAGAAAUUGACACCAUCUACAAAAUCCUGGCCACCAUCUUGCAUUUGGGAAACCUAAUGUUUACCACAGAGAGUGAUGCUGCCUCCAUCAGCAAUGAUGAUGUAGUGUCACAGAUUGCAGAUAUCACUAUGACAGAGCCAGACACUGUCAGAAAGACUCUUCUGCAUCGCACUGUGGCUACAGGAGGAGGUGAAGUGAUUGAAAAAGGUCACACAGUGCAGGAAGCUGCAUAUGGUCGAGAUGCUUUUGCCAAGGCCAUUUAUGAGCGCCUAUUUUGUUGGAUUGUAAAUCGCAUCAAUGAUGUCAUUGAGGUAAAUGGUUAUGACCCACGCAUUCACGGGAAGAACACUGUGAUUGGAGUGCUGGAUAUUUAUGGAUUUGAGAUCUUUGAAAACAACAGUUUUGAACAGUUCUGUAUAAAUUACUGCAAUGAGAAGCUUCAACAGCUCUUCAUUGAGCUGAUCCUGAGGCAGGAGCAAGCAGAGUACCAGAGAGAGGGCAUCGAGUGGCAACAUAUUGACUACUUCAACAAUCAAAUCAUUGUGGAUCUUGUGGAACAACCACACAAAGGAAUCAUUGCCAUCCUGGAUGAGGCCUGUAUGAACGUUGGGAAGGUGACAGAUGCCAUAUUGGUGGACACCAUGGACUCAAAGCUGGGCAAACAUGCCCACUACACUAGCAGAAAGCUGUGUCCGACUGAAAAGAACAUGGAGUUCAACAAACACUUCAGGAUAAAACAUUAUGCUGGACAAGUCACGUACUCAGUAGAAGGCUUCAUUGAUAAGAACAAGGACACACUCUAUCAAGACUUCAAACGUCUAAUGUACAACAGUUCUAACCCUGUGUUGAAAGACAUGUGGCCAGAAGGGGAACUGAGUAUCACAGAGGUCACAAAACGACCUCUGACUGCUGCGACCCUGUUCAGGAGUUCCAUGAUUGCACUUGUUGUUAACUUGGAAUGUAAGGAACCUUACUACGUACGAUGCAUCAAGCCCAAUGAUCAGAAAUCUCCCUUAAUUUUCGAUUAUGAACGCUGUAGACACCAGGUGGAAUAUUUGGGACUUUUGGAAAAUGUGCGGGUGCGGAGAGCUGGAUUCGCUUAUCGACAACCAUAUGAGCGUUUCCUGCAGAGGUAUAAGAUGAUUUGUGAGUACACUUGGCCCAAUCACUUGAUGUCUACAGACCUGGAAGCCACCCGAAUGAUCGUAGACCAACAUAACUUCCAGCAAGAUGUUGCCUAUGGAAAGACAAAACUAUUCAUUCGUACACCGCAGACGCUAUUCGGUCUGGAAUCAGUACGGGCAGAAACAAUUCCUUUAAUUGUGCUGUUUCUGCAGAAGCUCUGGAGGGGUGCCAUUGCGAGGAAACGCUGUAGGGGUAUGAGAGCUGUCUAUGCAAUCAUGAGUUACUACAAAACAUUCAAGGUCAAGGCAUAUCUCAUCGAGGUAAUGAGACGCUUCCAGAAUGUACGGAGCUUGAAAGACUAUGGAAAGAGUGUAAUAUGGCCAACGCCUCCAACAGUCUUAGUCAAAUUUGAGGAGAAUAUGAAGUAUCUGUUCCGAAGGUGGAGGGCACGACAAAUUGUGAAAAACAUCCCACCUUCUGAUAUGCCACAAAUCAAGGCAAAGGUUGCUGCCAUGGAUGCACUGCUGGGGCGAAGAAAAGACUGGGGUGUUCAGAGAAACUGGGAACAGGACUACCUCUCAUCUGCCAGGGAAAAUCCAGAGAUGAUGUCCCAGUUUACCACAACCAUGAAUGGACUGAAAAGCAAGGAGCAGUUCAGCUCUGUGCUGUUCUCUGCACAUGUACGAAAGGUGAAUAGGUUUAAUAAAUGUGAGGAUCGAGCUAUUCUCAUCACUGACCAACACCUGUACAAGCUGGAGCCAGCCAAACGCUAUAAGAGCAUGAAGGCACUCCCACUUAGCCAUGUCACUGGGGUCAGCGUUACUAAUGGCAGGGAUCAGUUGAUCAUCUUCCACACCAAGGCAAAUGACGAUCUGGUGGUUUGUCUGGACAAGAUGCAGCGUGGAAACGAUAAUAGGAUUGGAGAAGUUAUUGGUGUCUUGGCCAAUCACUUUAGCAAGAAUAAGAUACCUCUGCAGGUCAACGUCAGCAACCCAAUCAAUUGCAACAUGCGUGGCAAAAAACGCACAGUGAUGGUGGAGGAGAGAAUUGAACAAACACAGCCUGACUUCAAGAAAAAUCACACAGGCUUCACAUUGUAUUGGUCAGGAAUAUAGUGCUCUUGAGACUCAGGAUUUCUCUGAAGCACGCUCAGUUAUGUUUGUAAUGUGAGUUUUUUUAAAUAUAUAUAUAAU